AUCAUUGAUGAAGAGGUUGAGAUCAGGGCAAACUAGGCAAAUCUCUCCAAGCUUUCCUCCAACUCUCAGUUAAUACAGCUUACGAAGAUGACUGCUGCUGUUGUCCCGUCCUGCUUUCAGCUUGGAGCACACACACUCUCUAUUCCAGUUAGUCUCCACGCAACCAAUAGGAAGCGGUUAUGUGAGCAUCUGAAAAAACUUAAAGGUGUGCCAGCAGGAACAAUGGUUUUGCUACAGGGGGGAGAGCAAAGUCAGCGAUACUGCACGGAUACCGAUGUUGUUUUUCGGCAGGAAUCCUAUUUUCAUUGGACCUUUGGUGUUCUAGAAGCUGACUGUUUUGGUGUUGUAGAGGUGGAUACAGCUCGUGCAAUCUUGUUUUUUCCACGUCUGCCUCCAGAAUAUGCGAUAUGGAUGGGAAAGAUUCAUAGCCAGGAACACUUUAAGGAAAAGUAUGAAGUGGAUGAGGUGUAUUAUACAGAUGAGAUAGCUGAAGUACUACAGAAGAAGUCUCCAUCUGUUCUCUUGACUCUUCGAGGUCUCAACUCAGAUUCAGGUCAUUACUGCAGAGAAGCAGCAUUUGAUGGCAUUAGCAAGUUUAAAGUGGAUAACAAGAUUUUGCAUCCAGAGAUUACUGAAUGUCGUGUUUUCAAGACACCUCAGGAAUUAGAAGUGAUGCGCUAUGUCAACAGGGUCAGCAGUGAGGCACAUAAAGAGGUAAUGAAGCAUGUGAGACCUGGGAUGACAGAAUUUGAAAUGGAAAGCUUGUUCCAGCACUUCUGCUAUUCUCUGGGUGGAUGUCGGCAUAUGUCCUACACAUGUAUUGGAGCAAGUGGUCAUAACUGUGCUACUCUUCAUUAUGGCCAUGCAGGAGCACCAAAUGACAAAAAGAUCCAUGAUGGAGAUAUGUGCUUGUUUGACAUGGGAGGAGAGUACUAUUGCUAUACAUCGGACAUCACGUGUUCUUUUCCAGCCAAUGGGAAGUUCACAGAUGAUCAGCGUAAUAUUUAUGAAGCUGUAUACAAAGCCAGCCGUGCAGUCAUGGCAGCUGUUAAACCUGGUGUAAAGUGGCCUGAUAUGCACCGUUUGGCAGAACGUGUCCAGCUGCAGUGUCUUAAAGACAUGGGGCUGUUGCAGGGGGACUUGGAUGAAAUGAUGAAGGUUCAUCUUGGGGCUGUUUUUAUGCCUCAUGGACUGGGACAUUUUAUGGGAAUUGAUACUCAUGAUGUUGGGGGAUACCCAGAGGGUACCGAACGGUUAAAAGAACCAGGCCUUCGCUCGCUCAGAACCACUCGUGUAUUAGAAGAGGGAAUGGUACUGACCAUUGAGCCAGGACUUUAUUUCAUUAAUGCCACUUUGAAUCCUGCUUUGGAAAACCCUAAGACGGCGCGCUUCUUCAAUCAAGAAAUGCUGCAGCGAUUCAGAAAUUUUGGAGGGGUUCGAAUUGAAGAUGAUAUUGUGGUGACGUCAGAUGGUAUGGAACUGAUGACGUGUGUUCCACGUACUGUGCAAGAAAUCGAGGCUCUGAUGGCAGAGGGAGCGAAUCUCCCGCCCCAUUUUUCCCCGUCCGUUCCAUCCCAAGUAGCAAAUUAAGUUAUGACAUAUAUCUUUGCACUUGUACCACCACCGUAUCAUAAGCAACAUCGUGCAUGUCUGAUCAUCACAAUCAAAGUGAUUCACACAAGUUAAAAUGUUAGUCCUCUACGGUGGGAAAAAUCUUUGUGGCGAUGCUUACAGUUUUACCAAUCAUUUUCUUGUCUUGAGUUAAUGUGAUUGAGUGAGAAAUACAUAUCACGCAUAAGGCUUAAAGUUUUAGUUAUAAAAUCAACAAAUCAUCCAUACAGCGUCAUACAGAAAGAUGGAGACACGAAAGGAAACAUCAACUUGGAACAUUGUUUGAUUUAAUACCAAAUUCUCCCAGCUAAAUUGUAAGAAAUGUUUGCUAGACAGUAAGGAGAAUUGACACCCUAGGAGUGAAAGGGUGAAGCAAUGUUCCUGAUGAGGCGCAUGAUUGAUUCAGAGAUAGAAGGCUUGACUGGUGUAAUUUACGCAAGCGUAGAAUUAGAAAAUUGCUAAACAAAAUUUGAUCGAAAACAAACUGUAGGUUUGAAAGUAAGAAAUAAACACAGACAUCCAUUUUAUUACGUCGUGUUUUCAUCCUAAGUCUUACUUGAAGAAAAUUUGACAGUAUUUGUCACAUGUAAUUAAAGAAAGGUCGCUAAACUAAAUUAAAUGUAUUUUGAAAUAAAAUAAUGCAUACUUUUUA